CUUGAUGACGACCGAACGCCUCGUAAACGGCCACUGUCUAGUGAAUAGCUGCUUAGAUACUAAUACUCCACGUGAGAGCACACGUUUUACUGUACAAUUUAUUUCAGUUUACGCUUUCUAAAAACAGCAGCAACUAAUCCUUCUGCAGAUGUAGGCUCAGCAUAAUGAGACCAAACUUGGUUGUGCCAGUGUUUUGAGACCUCUAUGGUUGCAGGAAUGAGCUCUUUGCGUCUUCGAAGGAAUCCUCACAGGACACGUCGCAAUGUUUUGGAAGUUCCUGCAGAACUUAACAAACCUGUUUCAGGUAACAAAGCUUCCAUCUUGCAUGGUAAAGGAACCACAGUAUUGCAAGAGAUAAAUUCUGCAGAAUCAUGUGGACAGAGAACAACCAAGAAGGAGAAAGCUCAAGCAACAAACAACGAUGCUCUUCCUGGCGUGUCAGCUUGUUUACAGAAAUCAGCACAUCACCUAAAUGGAUUGGUGUCCUCAAAUUCACAUGAACUUGAGCCAUCAGAGACAUCAAAAAUAUCCUGCAAGGGAAGAAAAAAAAAAGUCAUUCAACUCAGUGAGAAAGAAAUAGCUGCUAGCAAAGAAAUACCGGACAAUUCUUUACAUAAUUCUUGCCCAGAACAACACGUAAUCUCUCAAAGAAACAAACAUUAUCGGCACUCUAAAAAAACUCAGAACAAUCAGACCCCCUCUGAUGUUUCUACAGGUCUUCACACAUGUACUACAUCUCCUCUUCUUGAUGAGGAGAUCUCCUGCUACACUAACAGUGAUUGUAGCUCUAUACCAUGCACCCCGAAACGGGGCAGGCCCCGAACCAGGCCUCUCUUUAGCUCCACACCGACCUCAGACUUCCAACCCCUCUCUCCAAAAAGAGCUAAGAAUAGUUGGACACAACAUAGUCAUCAGAAUGCCAAAGGGUCCAGUCGAUUAAAGACGCCUCCUACAGACGUUACAUCAUCUACACCUCAGAGGCUCACAGGAGCAGGGAGGACGAGAGGUCGCAAAAAAAAGAAUGUGGAGGAACAGCUGAUUACCUCUCCAACAAUUAAACAAUGGAAGAGUGCAACAUCUGAUCUAGAAGCUCCUCAGGAAGAGCCUGAUGAGACACCGCCUGCAAAUGAAGCUCACUUUGAUACCCAGAUGCCAGAGCAUUCUACAAACGUUACAACAUCUAGACCUCAGAGGCUAGCAGCAGCAGGGAAGACAAGAGGUCGCAAGAAAAAGAAAGUGGAGGAACAUCCAAUUGCCUCUUUAUCAGUGAAACAAUGCAGGAAGAGUGCAAAAUCCAAUCUAGAAAUUCCUCAGAAAGAGCCAGCUGUUGAGAAUCUGUCUGCAAAUGAAGCUCAUGUUGAAACUCGGAUGCCAGAUGCUCCUACAGAUACAUCAUCUAGACCUCAGAGGCUAACUGCAGCAGGAAGGCCAAGAGGUCGCAAGAAAAAGAAAGUGGAGGAACAGCCAAUUGCCUCUUUAUCAGUGAAACAAUGCAGGAAGAGUGCAAAAUCCAAUCUAGAAAUUUCUCCGAUAGAGCCAGCUGUUGAGAAUCUGUCUGCAAAUGAAGCUCAUGUUGAAACUCGGAUGCCAGAUGCUCCUACAGAUAUACCAUCUAGACCUCAGAGGCUGACUGCAGCAGGAAGGCCAAGAGGUAGCAAGAAAAAGAAAGUGGAGGAACAGCCAAUUGCCUCUCCAUCAGUUAAACAAUGCAGGAAGAGUUCAACAUCUGAUCUAGAAGGUCCUCAGGAAGAACCAGCUGUUGAGACGUCAUCUGCAAAUGAAGCUCAUGUUGAAACCCAGAUACCAUCUAGACCUCAGAGGCUAACUGCAGCAGGAAGGCCAAGAGGUCGCAAGAAAAAGAAAGUGGAGGAACAGCCAAUUGCCUCUUUAUCAGUGAAACAAUGCAGGAAGAGUGCAAAAUCCAAUCUAGAAAUUUCUCCGAUAGAGCCAGCUGUUGAGACGUCAUCUGAAAAUGAAGCGCAUGUGGAAACCCAGAUACCAUCUAGAACUCAGAGGCUAACAGCAGCAGGGAGGCCAAGAGGUCGCAAGAAAAAGAAAGUGGAGGAACAGCCAAUUGCUUCUCCAUCAGUUAAACAAUGCAGUAAGAGUGCAACUUCUGAUCUAGAAGGUCCUCAGAAACAGCCAGCUGUUGAGACGUCGUCUGAAAAUGAAGCUCAUGUGGAAACCCAGAUACCAUCUAGAACUCAGAGGCUAACAGCAGCAGGGAGGCCAAGAGGUCGCAAGAAAAAGAAAGUGGAGGAACAGCCAAUUGCUUCUCCAUCAGUUAAACAAUGCAGUAAGAGUGCAACUUCUGAUCUAGAAGGUCCUCAGAAACAGCCAGCUGUUGAGACGUCGUCUGAAAAUGAAGCUCAUGUGGAAACCCAGAUACCAUCUAGAACUCAGAGGCUAACAGCAGCAGGGAGGCCAAGAGGUCGCAAGAAAAAGAAAGUGGAGGAACAGCCAAUUGCUUCUCCAUCAGUUAAACAAUGCAGUAAGAGUGCAACUUCUGAUCUAGAAGGUCCUCAGAAACAGCCAGCUGUUGAGACGUCGUCUGAAAAUGAAGCUCAUGUGGAAACCCAGAUACCAUCUAGAACUCAGAGGCUAACAGCAGCAGGGAGGCCAAGAGGUCGCAAGAAAAAGAAAGUGGAGGAACAGCCAAUUGCUUCUCCAUCAGUUAAACAAUGCAGUAAGAGUGCAACAUCUGAUCUAGAAGGUCCUCAGAAACAGCCAGCUGUUGAGACACCUCCUCCAAAUGAAGCUCAUGUUGAAACCCAGAUGCCAGAGCCUUCUACAGAUGUUACACCAUCUAAAUUUCAGAGGCUAACAGCAACAGGGAGGACAAGAGGUCGCAAGAAAAAGAAAGUGGAGGAACAGCCAAAUUCCUCUCCAGUACUAAAACGCUGCAGGAAGAGUGCAAAAUCUGUUUCUCAGGAAGAGCUUGUUGAGAAGUCUCCGGAAUUGGAUCAAAACAUGUCCUCUGACCUGUCCAUUGAGCUGAGUCUCCAAGAGAAUCCUCUUAACAACUCUUGUUUCAUGGAGGAGGAAGAGGACCUAGACGAUGAUGAUGAUGAGGAGCUGCCCAGCUUUUUGCAACAGGACAAUAAAAAGCCUUUGUCCAUCUCAAAGGGACUUUGCGUGUGGUGCAAACUGAGGAAAUAUCCCUACUGGCCUGCAGUGGUUAAAAGUGUGAAUCGCAAGAACAAAAAAGCCAGCAUUGUAUUUAUUGACUGUUACCUAAUUGACCAGAAGAGAAUUAGAAAAGGGUUUUCUGUUUCCCUGCGAACAUUAAAACCUUUUGACUGUGAAGAAUGUGAACAUUUGGUGGACAUUGCAAAAGAGAAGUAUGGCAGUGCCAUUACUUGGUCUUUGGAACUGAUAUCAGACUAUAGGAUCCGCAUUGGAUGUGGAUCCUUCACUGGUUCCUUCAUCGAAUACUGUGCUGCUGAUAUCAGUUGUCCAUUGCGGAGGAAGUACUCCGAGGGGAAGUCUCUGCUGACCUUUCCCAGUCAGGAGAUUCUGGGCGAGCAUUGUGACAGCUCUGAUAAUAACAUGGAGGACAUUGUUGUGGAAGAGCAAGAUGAGCUUCUCUCCAAGAAAGUGUUGCCCGACCGAUCCAAGGCUGCACGCAACCGUGACAACAAGCAAUUAGUUGACUUCAUCAUCAGACGAAAAGUCGAAAAACGCUUAUUGGCAGUUAUUAGCGGUUGUGAGUCCUCUAAAUGGAUGCAAGCCCUCCAGAAGCCUUCUCGCCCCGUGGUUGAUGUCUACCUGGAAGAUGAGGAGCAGGUUGAUAAGGUGUACCGCUACUUGAACAAAGUCUGUGAUAGCGCCCCUCAAAUAAACAGAUGUCUAGAAAACAUCCAGGCCGACCGGAUCCGCCUUAUUCUUGAUGUGCUUCUGCCUGAGGCCAUUAUUUAUGCCAUUGCUGGAGUCCACAAGCUUUCCCUGGAGAAGGCAGAGGAGAAGUAUCGCAAAGGGCCAUGCUUUAGUAACAGAGAAAGACAGGAGUUUGACAUGAUGAUUGAACAGCAGAUGAAGCUCAAGGAGAACACCCAGCAUCAUGGGCAGUGACGACCCCUCUAUUUUAAAUAUGAAUUUUUAUGAAUUCUGUUAAUAUUUUUAUGAAUAGGAAUAUUUUCUUCAAUGUAUUUUCUUUGUAAUCAUAGUGUAUAUAAGAAAAUUAAUUGAAUGUUUGAAUUUAAUGAUUUUUCAGGGCAAACAUUUUUGUUGUUUAUUUGUAAAUUAAUCUGAUACUAAAUCAGAGCAGCCGUUAACAAGACUUUAUAAGAUGAAUAGUAUAUCUAUGAUGCUAAAGUCAGCCAAAUAUGGUGCUUUUAAUGUGUGCAUUGUAUAAUAAUAAAUCUCUUGUGCUAAAACAUAAUUUCGCAAAUAAUGUAAUAUUCCUCAGAUUAACUAAAACAUGUUCCCUAUUUGUUAAGAAAGUGCUCAAGUGUGUGUUUGGGUGUUUGUAACUGUCACUACACCCGGUCAAGCUGCAUUUACAAUCCAUAAGGCUUGUGUCUCUGAAAAGUCUUGGCUUUUUUUUAGCCACCUCACAAUUCAGUGAUUUUCUGUGCAUAGAAGCUUUUUCUACAUCUACGAAAAGAUGCAAAAGAUGUUGCAUUUUACUGCAAUUAAAUUCUGGCCAAAUGCACAUAAAUAAAUGUAUUCUUUGCAAUCACUGUUUAUCAAUAAAUCUUUAUUUUCCAACACA